AAUCAGCUGCCGGCAACAGCAUACAUAUAUCAAUACAUAUGUACGUCAACAGCUGUGUUGAUUGUUGAUUGGUUAACUAUAAAUUAUUAAGUUUUGUAUUAAUCCUUAUAUAAUAAAGUCAAUUUGUUGUUAUCUGAAAAAUGUUUGUUAAUACACUUUCUAAUUUUUUAAAAAUUUCUCGAACACAUUUAAUAAGAAAUAUGCACAAUUCGAUAAAAGAGCAUAAAGUUAAAGUGGGAAAUGUAGACAUCAACAUUGUGGAAGCAGGAAGUGGGAACAAUAGUGUGCUGUUAAUGCCUGGAGCAUUAGGCUCAGCUUGGACAGAUUUUAAACCACAAAUUGAAAAUUUGCCAAAAUUACUUCCUAAUUAUACAAUAAUUGCUUGGGAUCCUCCUGGCUAUGGUAAAUCCAUACCACCAAAAAGAAAUUUUGGACUAGCCUUUUUCCAAGACGAUGCCAAAUGUGCUGUUGAUCUUAUGAAAUCAAUAAAUCGACCAAAGUUUUCAAUAUUAGGGUGGAGUGAUGGCGGCAUAACUGCUCUGAUAAUGGCUGGACGUUAUACAGAAAAUAUUGAAAAAUUAGCUAUAUGGGGAGCUGGUGCAUAUCUUAACAAAGAAGAAGUAAAAGCUCUGCAAAAUAUUCGCGAUGUAAACAAAUGGUCGCCACGAAUGCGUGAACCAAUGGAGCAGGUGUACGGAGCAGAACGUUUUGCCGAACUUUGGGGUGAAUGGACUGAUGCUGCAAUUGAUUUUUACACACAUUGUGAUGGUAAUUUUUGCCGGAGUGAAGUUACAAAAAUCAAAUCACCAACAUUCAUUUUACACGGUAAAAAGGACCCAAUGAUUGCCGCAGAGCACAUCCCUUACUUAAGACAGAGAUUGCCAUUUGCUAAGUAUCAUGAAUUUCCGGAUGGCAAACAUAAUAUACAUUUGCGAUACCCUGAUGAAUUUAAUAAAUUAGUUUCAGAUUUUUUUCUAACAAAAUUAUAGAAAUUUUGAAACGCAUAAUAGAUUUGAAAUGAUCUUGAAUUAUAUAAAAAAUAGCAUUUAUAGAAAUGUGUGAUAAUUGUA